UUUACUUAUUGCUCGGCGCAACCUAGUUUGCUUGGAACAAUAGGUGUGACCUUGUGUGUGGAAUGACAUGACAGCGUGAGCAGAGUGUGGCUCAUUGGUUCAACAAAUUAAAAUUUACGAGCAGUUCUAACUUUCAUUGUCAAGUACACUUUACUAGACAGCACAAGAGUUACGAGGCUUCCGAUGUUUUCUUAACUGUAAUUAGGUUCUGGCAGAAGCAAAAUGCCUUGCUGUUGGUUCUUUUGGCCGUGCAGAAAAAAACAAGGCAGCGAUUUGGAAAGUGCUGGAAGAUUUGAACUAAGUUCUGGAACCACAAAUGGAGGAUUUACACCAACAGAGGAAAACGAAACAGUUUUUGCAAGCAAAAACGGCAGUGGUCAGAAAAGCAUCCAAAAACUGGAACAGGAACUUAAGGUACAAAAAGAAACCAAGCAACAAGUUUUACUUGAGUUGGAAAAUGUGAGGAUGAAAUUGGAAACUGCGAAGGAAGAAAGAGAGCGAAUGCAGAAGGUUAUACAGAAACUGCGGAAGGAAUUGCAAUCAGCUAAUAACCAGUUGGAAAAGAAAUCCAACUACUUGCAAUCUAUACAAAAAAUCACGGAUGUGGAAGGGAAAGAGACACAUAAACGACGACAAGCGGUUCGAGGACACCAUGCUACAGUUCCACCAAAGUUACAAAAGACAGAAAAAAGUCAACCGCUCAAAGAUUUGUUGAAAAGGGCAAUUCAACAAAACGAUGUUUUAUGCAAUCUAAAUGAAGAUCAAAUUGAUGCAAUGAUAGAACAUAUGCAAAGAGCUCUGCCCUCGUCAAAUGUAUUUAUUACCGAAGGAACGAUCGGUGACCGUCUGUACGUUCUCGAGACUGGAGAAGUGGAGGUCACACAGAACUCUAAAUAUUUAUGCACAUUGACUGCUGGGUCAGUGUUCGGUGAAAUUGCAAUCAUGUACAAUACGAAAAGAACCGCAACUGUAACAGCAACAUCAGCAACUAAAGUGUGGAUGCUUGAGCAAAGUGUAUUUCAUUAUAUCAUGAAAAAUGUGGCGGACACUCAACGCCAAAAAGUUAUGGAAGUGGUAAAGAAAAUACCUGUCAUACGAAAAAUCCGUACAAGGAAACAGCAAGUGGAAGUAGUGGACGCUCUGGUGGAAGAAACAUUUAACAGAGGCGACUACAUUAUUCGCCAAGGAGAUAUGGGAAGCAGUUUUUACAUAUUGGUCGAAGGAGAAGUAGACGUAACAUCUACUGGCAAUGCGUCAAGUGAUGGUGAGGGCAAAGGCGAACAUUUUAUUAGGAGUUUUGGAGCAGUAAGCUAUUUCGGUGAAAAAGGUCUUCGAAACAACAGUGGGACAAGAGAAGCGAAUGUGGUAGCAAAAAGUAAAGUCGUCAAGUGUCUUAGUCUAGACAAAAGUGUAUUUAGCAGACAUAUCGGCGAACUUGCGGACAAAGAUUGGGACGCUAUUGAUGAAAGAGCGUCCAGCAAAAUUUCAAACCGGCCGUCAAACAAGCCGUCGAACAAACCCUCCAAAAUGAAAUAUAGAAAAUCUACUGAUGGUAACUUACAACCUGAGUCACGACGUGGAAGCCACAUUUCGACUUUAAGUACAUUUGUUGAACUUCCGACGAAACGUCAGAAUCCAGAAUACGAAAAUAUUCAACCAUCAGAUUUGGAAUGUGUUGGUAUUUUGGGCGUUGGUGGAUUCGGUAAAGUGGAGUUGGUGCGCUUUAAACACGAGCGUAAAGAUAAGAGCUACGCGUUAAAAUGCCUCAACAAGGCGGAUUAUGAAGGAACAACUCAAGAAAAUUACCACAUGUCCGAGAUUGACAUUAUGUCGACGGUCAGAUGCCCAUUCAUUGUUGAGCUGUAUCAUUCUUUUGAAAAUGAAAGGUAUAACUAUAUGCUAAUGGAAGCUUGUUUGGGUGGAGAGUUAUGGACGAAGUUGAGUCUGCGAGGAAAAUUCGAAGAUCGAGAAGCAAGGUUUUAUGCAGCUUGUGUGAUAGAAGCAUUGGAAUACCUACAUGGCCAUGGAAUAGCCUAUAGAGAUAUUAAGCCAGAAAACUUGGUAUUAGACCAACACGGUUACGCGAAGUUAAUCGACUUGGGUUUGGCGAAAAAGAUGGAAACACACAGUGAGAAAACAUUCUCUGUGAGCGGAACUGCGGCUUACAUGGCCCCUGAAGUUCUACUUCAUACUGGCCAUGACAUGUCAGUGGAUUACUGGGCACUUGGAAUUUUAAUAUUUGAAUUCCUUGCUGGCUAUCCACCAUUUAAUGAUAAAGACCCUGGAAAAAUGCAUUUGCAAAUCACGAAAGGCAUCGAACGAGUACGAUGGCCUGAACAAAUUAGAAGCAAUGCCAAGCAUAUCAUCACAAGUCUUUGUCGUCUUAAAGCUGCCGAUAGACUUGGAAACUCAUGGCGGGGGGUAAAAGAGAUUCAAGACCAUAUGUGGUUUGGGGCUUUCAAUUGGGAUGACUUACGAAAUUGGAAAAUAAAAGCCCCUAUUAUAACCUUUGUGGAUGGUCCCUUCUAUCUUGGCAACUUUGAUAAUUUUGACGAAGACUUCGAAGAUACAAAAGACAAAAAGGAUAAAAAGAAAAAGUAACGGAAAAAUUACAGCUGAUUUUUUAUGUGGCUAUGCAAAAUGCGGGAUUGAACAACAAAAAAGUAUGUUUGGAUUUUAAAACAUAGAUGAUUAAUGGCCAAGGCUGAAUUUUUGAAACUAGGACUUUUAGUUAAUUUAAAUAAUAAAGCGUUUUAAUUUAUUCAAAAAAGGGUAAACCGUCCUAUAAUGUGAUUACAGUAAACUUAAAACAAAUGUCAAGCUUUUGGAACAACAAUACGUCGGUUUUUGAAAGAAAACCAGCCCUACUAUUAUCACAUACAUUUAUUAUCAAGGUCAACAUUUUCUCAGUGUUAUAUCUUAGUUAAAGUAUUAAUUUACAGUUGCUGUACCUGUGGUUCCAUUACAUGUUCCAAUUAAUGUUUUGAAUUGUUUACAAUUUGUUGUCUACUUUACAUGUUUGCCAGUUUGAAAAACACACACUAAACUCGUUUUGUUUUUAGCAUUGUUAUAAAGCAUAUACAUUUUUUUCUAUUUAUGUACUUGGGUUUAUGUUAAUGCAAUAUUUAACUGUUCUUCCUAGAAUGUCGGUAUAAUUUUUACUGUACUGUCAUAAUGUGUAUUAUAAGUUUGGCUAUAUUGAUGCAAAAUUCUUUAAAGAAACUAUACAAGACCAAAUGUCUUUUGUUAAAUAAAAGUUUGAAACAGAUUUAAUGCAAAGCAACUGCAUGCUUUCUUCAGUAAGCAGUAUUAGAAAUUUGAUAUAUACAGUUUUGAGCUGUAAAUGGAAAUAAAGGUAUGAGCAUAGCAACUUUAGACACACGUUAAAAUUUUUUCAGUUAAAUAUUUUGGGAAUUUGCCUUGCGUUUAAAUGUGUUGCGGGUUUAAAAACAAUGCAGAUGCGUUUUUGUUGUUUAUCUUGAACAGGCGGGUCAAACGCAAACGAGAGUGUUGAGAAAAAGUUUUUAAUUUGGAAUUAGAAUCUUUCUUCUACUGCUUACAGUUUAUUUGAGAGGACGUUUAGUUAUUGUUCUCACGUUGACCCAUGGCGAAUUCAUUAGGUACUUGGCUUUAGUCUGUACAGUAUUGCAUCUGUUUACAAUAUGGAGAAAGAAAUGCCAGGACAGCCAUUGGAAGGCGGGUGGGGAUGGGUUGUUGUGUUAUCAGGUGCUAUUGUGUAUGGACUGGUAUUUGGAUCAGUAAGAUGCCAGAGUGUUCUAUUUGUUCCUAUCAUGAAUGAAUUUGAAUCUGAUUACUCGAAUGUAGGCUGGGUUUCGGCAAUAUUAACUGCUGGAUUGGCAAUCGGCGGCAUGAUUUCUGCAUCCGUUAUGGCAAAGUUUGGACAUCGUUCUGCAGUUAUAAUUGGCGGUUUAAUUUCUGGUGCAUCGUCUAUAAUUGCGUCGUUUUCUACUUCAGUCGUAAUGCUGGUAAUAUUUGCUGGACUGCUACAAGGAAUUGGAUACGGCAUCUCUUUUGUGGCAACGCCUGUAAUUAUCGGAUAUUACUUCGCAAAGCGUAGAUCUUUGGCCACAAACUUCGCCAGCAUGGGGGGGUCUCUUGGAACAUUUUUAAUUUGUCCGCUAAACGGACUUUUCGUUGAACAGUUUGGCAUACACGGGUACUUCUUAAUCAUGGGGGGCCUCUAUUUCAACCUGUGUGUCGUUGGAUCGCUUAUGCGUCCCCUGGAAUUGUCACGUUCGUUGGCGAAACCAAAAGAACCAAAACCGGCGACCGAAAUGCGUGUGAUUGAAGAACUGUCACCUGGACGUGACACAGACGAUAUAGAAACCGAUGAGAUUCUGAAAAGAAGAUAAUACAGAAAUCUCGGAAGAAAAAAUUCAAAUAGAGCGGGAAAUAUCAUUAGGAAAUCUACUAAAAAAGAAACCCUUCUUGGUGUAUUGCAUUUCACAGCUUGUGUUUUUAGCGGGAUUUCUCACCUCGCAGCUAUAUAUUGUACCUUACGCAGAAAUUGAGGUACAGAUCCCAUCAGUCAAAGCUUCUCUUUUGAUGUCUAUCGCAGCAGCAGCUGAAAUUGCAUCAAGAGUCGUGUUUGGUAUUCUUGGUGACAUGAAACGGUAAGCGAGUAUCAAUCGAGUUCUUAUGUAUUCCACCGUCCUACUGGUGCUUUCUGUCUGUGGUAUCUCCUACACAUUCAUGAAAUCCUUUGAAAGUCUAGCUGUGGCAGCAGGUGUGUCGGGUCUCUUUCAGGGCGGAUUUUCUGGAAUUUCAAUCGUGAUUCUUGCCGACUUAGUGGGUCUCCAGUAUUACGGCAUGGCACUUGGCUUGAGUACAGUUAUAAAUGGCAUCGGAACACUUAUAACGCCACCGUUAGUCGGGAUGGCGGUCAAUGCGACGAAUAGACCAAGCACUGCAUUAUAUAUCAGCGCAGGUUUGUUGUUUAUAGGAGCAAUACUCACGUAUAUGAUACAGGUAACGAUUGUACUUCAACGACGACGAACGAGACGUACGAUUUAAAAGAAGAACAGCAACAAUUUCGCCACGCUGCUUUAGAUUUGGUUGAUUCCUAAAUAAACAAACCAGCAUACCGUUUUACCCGCAGUUUAAUAACGUUUUUCAUUUCCGCACAUUUACCGUCAUAUGGCUUUGUUUUAUUUGAGUACUGCUUUCUACACAAAAUACACAAUACAAAUUGUAAA